CGGCGGGGCGGCGGUGGCCUUGCGCGGACUGGUGAGCGCGGAAAAUCACCACCCAUAUUAUGGAAUUUUAUCUGAUUCUAUAGAUAAGAUUUCAUUAUUCUGGAUAUCAUGAUAACAAUACAGGAAGUAUGCACUAUUUCUCAUUUCUGCAAGUAGUCUUCACUGCUGAAGGAAGAAAUUUUUUAAGCUAUAACAGAGUUCAUUUUGUUACCUUUAAUGGAAAUUCUGAUUUUGUUAAUUUUUGAUAACUUUUUGCAAAGGUAUGAACAACCAAAGAACUUAUCUUGUUAGGCAAGUCCACAUUAAUAAGAAUGCCUAGAAGAGGAUUGAUUCUUCAGACCCGGACCCACUGGCUACUCUUGGGUCUCGCUUUACUCUGCAGUUUGGUAUUAUUUUUGUACCUCCUGGAAUGUGCCCCCCAAACUGAUGGAAAUGCACCUCUUCCUGGUGUUGUUGGGGAAAAUUAUGGUAAAGAGUAUUAUCAAGCCCUCCUACAGGAGCAAGAAGAACAUUAUCAAACCAGGGCUACCAGUCUAAAACGUCAAAUUGCCCAAUUAAAACAAGAAUUGCAAGAAAUGAGUGAGAAGAUGAGAUCACUGCAAGAGAGAAAAAGUGUGGGGGCUAAUGGCAUAGGCUAUCAAGGCAACAAGGAACAAACACCUAGUGAUCUUUUAGAAUUUCUUCAUUCCCAAAUUGACAAAGCUGAAGUUAGCAUAGGAGCCAAAUUACCUAGUGAGUAUGGAGUCAUUCCCUUUGAAAGUUUUACCUUAAUGAAAGUAUUCCAGUUGGAAAUGGGUCUCACUCGCCAUCCUGAGGAAAAGCCAGUUAGAAAAGACAAGCGAGAUGAAUUGGUAGAAGUCAUUGAAGCUGGCUUGGAGGUCAUUAAUAAUCCUGAUGAAGAUGAUGAACAGGAAGAUGAAGAUGGUCCCCUUGGAGAGAAAAUGGUAUUUAAUGAAAAUGACUUCAUAGAAGGUUAUUAUCGCACCGAGAGAGAUAAGGGCACACAGUAUGAACUCUUUUUUAAGAAAGCAGACCUUAUGGAAUAUAGGCAUGUGACCCUCUUCCGCCCUUUUGGACCUCUCAUGAAAGUGAAGAGCGAGAUGAUUGACAUUACUAGAUCAAUUAUUAAUAUCAUUGUGCCACUUGCUGAAAGAACUGAAGCAUUUGCGCAGUUUAUGCAGAACUUCAGGGAUGUGUGUAUUCAUCAGGACAAGAGAAUUCAUCUCACAGUGGUGUAUUUUGGUAAAGAAGGAUUAUCUAAAGUCAAGUCUAUCCUAGAAUCUGUCACAAGUGAGUCUAAUUUUCACAAUUACACUUUGGUCUCCUUGAAUGAAGAAUUUAAUCGUGGACGAGGACUAAAUAUGGGUGCCCGAGCUUGGGACAAGGGAGAGGUCUUGAUGUUUUUCUGUGAUGUUGAUAUAUAUUUCUCAGCUGAAUUCCUUAACAGUUGCCGGUUAAAUGCUGAGCCAGGUAAGAAGGUGUUUUACCCUGUGGUUUUCAGUCUUUACAACCCUGCCAUUGUUUAUGCCAGUCAGGAUGUACCACCACCCGUGGAGCAGCAGCUGGUUCACAAAAAGGAUUCUGGCUUUUGGCGAGAUUUUGGCUUUGGAAUGACUUGUCAGUAUCGAUCAGAUUUCCUGACAAUUGGUGGAUUUGACAUGGAAGUAAAAGGUUGGGGUGGAGAAGAUGUUCAUCUUUAUCGAAAAUACUUACAUGGUGACCUGAUUGUGAUUCGGACUCCAGUUCCUGGCCUUUUCCACCUCUGGCAUGAGAAACGCUGUGCUGAUGAGUUGACUCCUGAGCAGUACCGUAUGUGCAUCCAGUCCAAAGCCAUGAACGAGGCCUCUCACUCGCACCUGGGAAUGCUGGUCUUCAGGGAGGAGAUAGAGACGCAUCUUCACAAACAGGCAUACAGGAUAAAUAGUGAAGCUGUCGGUUAACAUAAUCACUGGCACAUUAGUCUGAACCACAAACCAGCACUAUUUAUUUAGCCUUAAUUCCAAUUCCAGAUGCAGUGCCUCUUUCAGAGAAGACAUGCCUAUCUUUUGUGUUCUUUCUGAUAUUACUUUACUUAAGCAGUUUAACUUGUUAUGAGAAGAAAAAAUCAAGUGUUUCAGUGCAAAGCCUGUUUUGUGGGCAUACCAUACUAUGGAAUCGCUGACAAAUCAAAAUCUGGUGUUUGCCCCAAAAGUAGUUUUGAGUUAGUUUCUACCCUGUACCCAUGUUCUAAUGUGCCCUGGUUGCAUAUGGGUUGAGGGUUGGAAUGUGUUAUGCUCAUGGUAGGUCAGGAGCAUCCAGCUCCUGCAGAGAGGAAAGAGUAAUAUUUGAUGCAGUGUGUAGACAAGGGUUCUUCCCCUGCUGACCACCAAGUCAACUUGCUUUUAAAUUAAGAUCUUUAGUCAGUUGCCUGAAGAAUUCUUUUUCAUUGAAGCAGAGGAUGACUAAAUGACACAUCUGAAAUUCACAAUCAAUCAAAAGAAAUAAAAACCCCUUAAACUGAAUGUUGCUUAGCUCCCUGAAUGUGUUUUUAAAUAAAUGGAUGAUGGUAGAAAAUACUUUAGCUUAGAAUCUAUGACUUGAUUAAAACUGUAAUGUGUUGUUAUCAGGAUUAGUAGUCAACAUUGUUAUAAAUUGUUUUAAACAAACAAAUAAAAUGGAAAUGUCUUUAAUAGAACAUUUAAUUAUGUUGGAGCAUAGGGCACUAAUGAUAUCUGGGAACAUCAGUUUACAUGAGCCAGGGUGCUAUCGGGGCCUUCUUGUAGUGAUUCAGAAUAGAUGAGCAUAGCAUGG